UCUUUUAUGUCCCUCUUUCUAUUUUCCAAAUGUUGGGAGGUAUGUUGCUGGCACCCCAUCAGAGGGGGUGAUUUGGCCUAAAUCAGGGAUAAGUAGCUGUUCUCCAAAACGUGUGUUAUUAAAAACUAGUGGUAUUAUUGCCAAACAUCAUAAAAACUAGUGGUAUUACGUCCAGAGCCAUCAGAUUGGAAACCACACACAUUGCUUUGGGAAAUAAAAUAGCCUAGGCUUUAACGUGCGCCUUUCCAUAGAGUUUAACAUGAUUUAACCGGCUCCCGCUGCCCAAAAGCUUCAUAGCAACGGUUGCUAAGUAAGCGAGAAUCGUCUUGCUUCGUGGGCGUUACCGGAAGCGCCUGUGGCUUUUGACGUAGGAAUGUAGAAGUGAAGUGUUUUGGUUUCGUUUCCUGGCUCAGUUGAGGCAGUCGCUUUACUGUCUCCUUCCCAGCGGCUUCUCGACUCUGUGACCAUGGUGGGUCUGAAUAGCAGGGAGAAGGCGGGAUGCCGGCAGCUGCUGGGAGAGAUGGAGACUCCUGACUUGAUGUCUCUGGCUGAGACCGUCACUAAUCGCAUGAUUCAAGUGUAUAGCAGGGGUGAGGCGCUGGAUGCGAUAUUAACGUACAGCGAGACUGCGGCUGAUCUCCUGAGGCGCAAGAAGGUUUACCGUGACGUCAUAUUUAAGUACCUGGCCUCAAAGAAAAUAACCAUGGCCCCUUCUAGCGAUAAAAAUCAGCUUAUCCAGCGUGCCCUGGAGUUCUGGACAGAAUCUGGUGUUUCCUCAGCGCCUAAGAGGAAUAACGGAGAUAAGCAAAUCUCAAUGCCCUCACAGGUUCGCAGUAUAACUAUGACAUGGUCCCAGAUCCAGCACUGCCCUGCAGAAGGUGUAGCUGAAACUUUCCAAUCCAGGGAAAAGGAAAAGAGCAAUGACCCCUCACAUCGCAGUUCACUUGACUGUUACGCGCUUGGAGAACAUUUCUGCAGGUGGUUUUACGAACUCCUAAACUCACAGAAUCCAACACUUGGCCUUGCAAAUGGUGAGUGGGGACUUCAGCACUUCUGGGAGAAUGCCAUGUUUAAAUUUGCCUAUCGUACAAUAGGAGACUAUACAGAAGAACACUGCGGGGCCCUGAUGACAAGCUUGCGCCUGCUCGCGCUCACACGGGAGGAGAGACUACUGUUCAACCCAAACAUUGCAUCCGAGGGAUUGAAAUGUGCCACUUGUCCAUAUGGUUUGGUGGUUGUGGCAGUGGCUGGUACAAUCCACAAGGACAACCAAUAUCUGGGUUUAUUUGAACAUAUCUUUGGGCUUAUUCGCUGCCCAGCUACUGACAAGUGGAAGAUCAAAAAUGUUAAUCUGAAUAUCCUGGGACAGAGUGCCAUGUGUUCAUCAGCACUGAGACCUUCUAUUCAAUACAAGAUUAGCGAUUUAGAAAAAUUUUAUAACUAAAGGUUAUUUUCUCCGUCUUUUUAAUACAAAAACAUUUCACAUUGCCAGUCCUAAGAAGAUCUGAAUCGAAACGGAAAUUCCAAAUAUUGUAAUACCUUAUUUUUUCCUUGAAUUCAUUCAAGAAAAUCUUUUUUUUUAAUGUGUGUAAGCUGUGCUUUUCAUGGAUUCGUUGAAUAACAAACUCCCUUCACUUUAUAAAGGGGUGAUUCCCCUUUAAGUUAUCUUUUAGUAAAUUAUAGAAUGGCCAGUUCUGAGAAACUUUUCAAUUGGUCUUCAUUAUUUAUUUUUUUAUAGAUUUUUAAUUAUUUGCCGCCUUCUUCUUACUUUUACCAGCUUAACAGCUGUACUGCUACAAUUUUAUUGUUAUUGCUACUUUGCUUUACUCAUCUUUCUAUCCAGACCUCUCCUAUUAAUAUUCCAGUCUCUUAUUCAAAUUCAGCAGUCUGCAAUAUCCUGCAAUCUGGUUGCUAGGGUGCAAAUCACCCUAACAACCAGAUUGCAGGAUAUUGCAGACUGUACUGCUACAAUUUUAUUGUUAUUGCUACUUUGCUUUACUCAUCUUUCUAUCCAGACCUCUCCUAUUAAUAUUCCAGUCUCUUAUUCAAAUUCAGCAGUCUGCAAUAUCCUGCAAUCUGGUUGCUAGGGUGCAAAUCACCCUAGCAACCAGAUUGCAGGAUAUUGCAGACUGCUGAAUAGUAUAAUAAGUACAGAGCUGCUGAAUAAAAAGUGAAAUAAAAAACGCAAAUAAUGAAAACCAGUUGCAGAUUGUCCAAGAAUAUCAUUCUCCACAUCAUACUAAAAGUUAAUUUAAAGGUAAACAACCCUUUUAACUUAGCUUAGUUUUUGUACAAGUGGCAUAUAGAAAAUAUAGAAAAUGGCGUUUACAGUUAGAGAGCUCUUUUAAUAUUGUAUUAUGCAAGUUCAUUCUACUGUGCACUGUUUGAGAAAUGUUAGCAAUUUAUUCUUAUUUGUGAAAAUCCAGAAAAUCCAAAAGAAAAAGUUUUGUGUAAAUAUAAUUUUUUUUUUUCCUAUUUAGGAGAAAGCCCACUUGAAAAACUUCUGCAGUCUUUAGGGGUGGCAGAAGUCUGGUCACUAACACUGUGCAGUGUUUUUUUUAAUUGUUUGCCUUUGUAUUUUGCUUCUCUGAGACUUUGAGAUUUUGUUUUGCCUUAUAACUGGUCAGUGACACCCAGCAAAUUGCUAAGCAUUUGAAGGUCAGGUUUAUAUCAUUAUUAUUUUUACUUUAUUUUUUUUUUAUGCAAAAAUGAUUUUAUUGAUGACAAUUUCAGUUUACAUCAUUUUCCAUAACAUUAACUACUCAAAACAUUAUUGUACAAUAACGGGAUAAAAUAAUAAUCUCUCUAAUGCUUUA